AUGUAUAAUCUUCAAGAUUUAACAUUAUAUAUUCAAAUCAAAGAACGAAAUAGACUUGUUGAUGGUAUUCAACUUGAAAAUGAUAUUCUUAUUCAUUUGUCAAAACUUCAAAGAUUCGUUUUUUAUAUCUGCACUUUUACUAGUGCCAAUCAUCCUGUUACUCCUUUAUCAAAUGAUGAUAUUCAACGAACUUUUUCUAAUGUAAAAUUUGGACAAGUUGGUUGUAGUAUGAAUUAUAUCGAUGAAUCUGAUAUCAGAUAUCAUGUUUUCUCACUUCCAUUUAUAUUUAAUCGUAUAGGAUAUAUUGGCAAUAGCUUUACGAAUACGAUAUUCAGCAAUGUUAUUUAUUUAUGCAUAUAUGAUGGGAUUCCAUUCGAACAUGAAUUUUUUGUUCGGCUAGCUCGAUGUUUUCCAUUAUUGGAAUCUUUGAUUAUUGUAAAUUGUAAAGCACAAUCAAGAGAUUCACCUGAAUCUGAACAUGACAAUACUAAUGGACCAUUUGAAGUUGCCCAAUAUCUUCAUCUCACAUCACUUCACUUUGCUCGUACACAUAUUGAUUAUGUUGAGCAAAUGUUAAAUGAAUCAAAAACACGUUUACCUUGUCUGACAGAAUUAUGGAUUGAUUAUGAUCAAUUAAAAACUGUAACAAAUAACUUUACAAGAGAUGCAACGAGACUUAAUUGUAUCAAUGUGGAACAAUUAGAUUUUCACCGUCGUAUCAAUCAUGACGACAAUAGCGAUGAUCACUCGAUAAAAGCACAAUCAAAAGAUUUUCAUCUUUAUUUUCCUUUGUUGAAACUUUAA